AUGACAGACGAGGCAGAGGCUGUCGGCUCACCCACGGCAAUCUUAGAUGAGAUUCUCGCCCAGGAGGAAUUCAACUUAGUGCGAGCGAGCGCGGCGCUGCGAGUGACGGCAGAGUAUUGGCCAGACGAUCUUGAGGAAGCAGAGGGCACAUUGAGUCCCAUCUCUCAACAAAUUGCCGACCUGUGUGGUGAGUUGGAGUCCUGCCUGGGCAGCCUCAACUCUUGGCAACAUGAUUCUCAUCGAUGUCAGGAAUUUGCGCACCAGAUAGACGAGGAGUAUGACGCUGUCGUAUUUCGGGACUACGAGGACGCGUCUCCAAACUGGAUCCUGCAAGAUGCUGAUGAGGAAGACGCGGGUGGGCUCGAUGGAGAACUUGUCCAGAAACGCUCUCAAGGAUCUGAUGUCAUGCCGCCAUCUUCCAGGAGUGUCGGUGUACUGGAGAUGGAUGCCACAUUCGAGAGAUUGGAACUGCCGACUUUGAUGAGACCACGUGCACAGGUCAGUCUCCGUAAGAUACCAGAGACCAAGAUCUUGUGCCAAAGUGUGCAAGAGGAGGUGCCUACAGUGGAGCUCGAGGCAUGCACGGGUGAUGUCGAUGCUGAGCCAGGUGCUGGCACUGAGGCAAGCCAGGUGGAAGACUUGGAAGCAUUGCUAGCAGAAUGCCGCAGGAUGGGUGCUGGAAUGGGCAGGUAUUGA